AUGGCACCUCACCAUCCUGCGUCCGAGACGGCGGGACAGAGGGCACAGCCUCACGACGCCGACGACACGUCUUUACAAGCCUCGAGCACAACCACAAGCGGUGAAGCCCCUUCGGAUGCUUCAAAGUCCAAAAGCGAUCCCACCAACAAAGAGAAUGUCAUCCGCUUUGCACCCAUCUCAAUCCCACGCAGUCGUCGACUGCAAACGCUCGGUGUCCUGUUUUGGGCGUUACUCCUGCCUAUCUGUCUCAGCAUCUUCUUCCUGCUUCUCUCGUUUCCUAUUCUGUGGCCUGUCCUAAUCCCCUACCUGGUGUGGAUCAACUUUAUCGACAAAGCACCGGAGAACGGCGGUCGCCGAUUCUCUUGGGUUCGCAAACUCCCCGUGUUUCGCUACUUUGCCGAAUACUUUCCCAUCUCCAUGAUCAAGACCACCAACCUUCCAGCCGAUCGGCCUUACAUCUUUGGCUACCAUCCACACGGCAUCCUCGGCGUUGCAGCGGUCGCCAACCUUGCUACAGACGCCACCGAGUUUCCCGAGAGCUUCCCUGGCAUCACACCGCAUCUUUUGACACUGGCGACCAACUUUACCAUCCCGCUCUUCCGAGAUUGCUUGAUGGCCAUGGGCAUCUGCAGCGUUUCGAAGCGCAGUUGCGAGGCGAUUUUGAGAAAGGGAAAGGGAAGUGCGAUUGCGAUUGUCGUGGGAGGUGCAAGUGAGAGCUUGGCAGCGCAUCCGGGUACCGCGGAUCUGACGUUAAAGAGGAGGUUGGGGUUCAUCAAAAUCGCUAUUCGAAACGGAGCUGAUCUGGUGCCCGUCUUCUCGUUUGGAGAGAACGACGUGUACGAGCAGCUGAGCAAUGAGGAGGGGACCAAAAUUUACGCUCUGCAGAAACAGUUUCAGGCGUUGUUCGGCUUCACAUUACCGUUCUUCCACGGAAGAGGUCUGUUCAAUUACAGUGUUGGUCUGAUGCCCUAUCGACAUCCAAUCGUUAGCGUCGUUGGCAAGCCAAUACACGUCAAGAAGAACCCAAACCCCAGCAAAGAGGAGAUCGAGGAAGUGCAGCAUCGAUACAUUGAGGAACUCAUGAACAUUUGGGAGACGUGGAAAGACGCGUAUGCUGCUAACCGCACCAAGGAGCUUACGAUCGUCGCCUAG